CCCUGGAGAUGUGACUCGGGCUGAGCCCCCUCCAAAGAAGCAUGGAGACGGUAGUGAUCGUUGCCAUCGGUGUGCUGGCCACCAUCUUUCUAGCCUCAUUCGCAGCCUUGGUAGUGGUUUGCAGGCAGCGCUACUGCCGACCCCGAGACUUGCUGCAGCGCUAUGACACCAAGCCUAUUGUGGACCUCAUUGGUGCCAUGGAAACCCAGUCUGAACCCUCUGAGUUGGAACUGGAUGAUGUUGUUAUCACCAACCCUCACAUUGAGGCCAUUCUGGAGAAUGAAGAUUGGAUUGAAGAUGCCUCGGGUCUCCUGUCCCACUGCAUUGCCAUCUUGAAGAUUUGUCACACACUGACAGAAAAACUUGUUGCCAUGACAAUGGGCUCUGGAACCAAGAUGAAGACUUCAGCCAGUGUCAGCGACAUUGUUGUGGUCGCCAAGCGGAUCAGCCCUAGAGUGGAUGAUGUUGUGAAAUCUAUGUACCCUCCGCUGGACCCGAAACUCCUGGACGCAAGGACAACUGCCCUGCUCCUGUCUGUCAGUCACCUGGUGCUGGUGACCAGGAAUGCCUGCCACCUGACCGGGGGCCUGGAUUGGAUUGAUCAGUCACUGACUGCCGCUGAGGAACACCUGGAAGUCCUCCGAGAAGCAGCCCUGGCCUCUGAGCCUGAUAAAGGGCUUCCAGUCCCUGAAGGUUUUUUGCAGGAGCAGUCAGCCAUUUAG